GCCUCAGCUCAGUCUCUCUCUCUCUCUCUCUCUCUCUCUCUUUCUCGCCAAGGCGACCGGAAUCUCUCCCCGCCGCGCCGGAAAUUAGGCUGCAAAUCGAGCUCGCCCUCCUUCUUCUCCGCUUCGCUUCUCGCCCCGCCGUCCGAACCCCCGGCGCUCCGUGCCAGGUUCCGUCUCGGUCCUCGUUCCGGAUUGCCUUGACAAAUCCUUCCACGACGCCGUUCGCUUCUCGACGCAAGGGCGCUCCGAGUUUCUUCGAGCUGAGCAGCCGGCGAGGGGCGUUCAGUUUAGUUGUGCGGCAGAAUAACACGCCUUACAUUAUAGACUGUGGAGUAUAAUCAAAAUAAAGAGAUGGAUGUCACUGAGAAGCCAGCAGAGAGAUUGCCAGAUGAUUCUGUUGCCAACCUUGUUGAUGCCAGCAUAGAACAGCAAGAGUCAUCCCUACUGAGCGAGGAUAAAGAGGAUAAAAACCAUAGCCCGAACGGGCAAUUGGUUGCUCUGGAGACUGACAAUGACGAGACUCUUACAUUACCAAGUGAUAUCACCAUGAAAGAAAGUCAUGAAAUGCCUGAGAAGGCUGAUGAUGAAGUUGUUGCUGCUAAUGGUGCUAAGGAAAACAUCGGUGCUCUAGAUGAAAACCAGGAAAAUAAGAACGAGGACGUAACAAGUGACCCAGACCGGAAUCAGUCAGAAAUUUCCCAAAAACUUCACAAUGAGGAAGUAGCAACUCCAAAAGCUGAGGCUGAGAGCAUGAAAAAUUCUAACAAUUGGUUGAUUGAUCCCAAGUUACAGAUGGGGUUUGCGGCUGAAUCCGGGACUGUGGAGGAGCAAGCCGCAUUUAUGAAGGAACUGGAAAAGUUUCACAAGGAUAGGGCCCUGGAAUUUAAACCACCUAAGUUUUAUGGAGAGCCACUGAAUUGUCUGAAGUUAUGGAGAGCUGUCGUUAAACUUGGUGGCUAUGACGUGGUGACUGGAUCCAAGUUGUGGCGUAUAGUAGGAGAGUCUUUCCAUCCCCCAAAGACCUGCACGACAGUCUCUUGGACAUUUCGAAUUUUCUAUGAGAAGGCUCUUUUGGAAUAUGAAAGGCAUAAAACACAAAGCGGUGCACUCCAAUUACCUGCUGCACCCAUCCUGCAACCUACAAGCAUUGAAAAGGAGACAAACCAAGCUGCAGGAUCAAAUAGGGCACGUAGGGGUGCUGCAUCGCGUGCUAUGAAGGGUUGGCAAUCUCAGCGCUAUCUUGAAUAUGGCGAGGACAAAAACUUUGCCUCUACAACGAAGCGCGAAAGGAAUCUCAAAAGCAUAGGUUUACCUAGAGAGAAGACAGCAACUAAUUUGGAGCAUGGGGAGAGAGCUGUUCAUCACGAGGCAGAUAAGCAGAUUAUGACGAAUGUCAUUGAUGUCGGACCUCCUGCUGAUUGGGUGAAGAUCAGUGUUCGGGAAGCUAAAGAUUGCUUCGAAGUAUAUGCUCUGGUCCCUGGUCUUUUGCGUGAAGAAGUGCGAGUUCAGUCAGAUCCAGCUGGACGUCUAGUUAUAACAGGCCAACCAGAACAGCUCGAGAAUCCUUGGGGCAUCACUCCCUUUAAGAAGGUUGUGAGCUUACCAUCGAGAAUCGAUCCACUGCAGACAUCAGCCGUCGUUAGCCUUCAUGGCAGACUCUUUGUACGCGUUCCUUUCGAACAAGGAUCAGCUUUAACUUGAUAUAUGAUAUUUAAGUUCUGUCAUUUGUUAUUGCUUGAAGGCUGUCUCAGAUCAGAUUGAGCAUUAUGAAUGUCAGUUUUGCAUUCACAUUUACUCUCCUCAGUCUUCAGAAUGGAAGAAAAAUGAGGAUCCUGUUAAUGAUCUGAGAAUGUACCACGCGAUACAUGCAAGCUCUAUCUAUUUUAAUUUCACA